GAGGGGUCGGCAAAUGCUGCGACCUAUUAUUGAAGGAAUUGGCGUUGUCAUGGGCUCUCGGCGAUCAUUUGGCGGGAGCGGAUCCCCCGCAUUUAACGCCGAAAAAGAGGGACACUUGGGAGCACGGCAUUCACAGUAUGGGUUGGCAACCGGAUGUAACUCGGACUUGGGAAACAUGAUAUCAACUUGACAUCUUGUCUUCGUUUGUUUGUUCUACUUAUGUUCGGUUUGGUGCUCGUGAGAGAGACAAAGUUUUAUUGAUUAUCAUCCGUUCUCCUGACUUUCAUCCGCCUCUCAUUCCCAAUCAUUGCCUACCAUGUCCUCCUUCUCUCGCCUAGUCCGCUUCUUAGCCAGGGACGGCCGUACCUACUACGGAGAUGCCAUCCUCCCGAGGGGGGUGUCUGACAUCUCCAAGGCCAGACAGGCCCAUGUCAUCAAGGGCGAUAUCUUCGGAAAGCACGAAGUAACUGAUCAGGUGGCCGACAUCCGCCUUUUCCUCACUCCCUUGGCGCCGGAAGAGGUGAAGACAGUCAGAUGCCUGGGUCUCAACUACGCACUCCAUGCGAAAGAGUCCAAUUUGCCCAUCCCGCAAUUCCCAGUUCUGUUUUUCAAACCGUUGACGUCUCUGGCCGGCCCCCAUGACGCCGUCCCAGUCCACCCCCUGGCUCAGGAGGGCAGCGGGCUGGAUUACGAGUGUGAAUUGGUCAUCAUCAUCGGGAAGAGGUGUACCGACGUGCCAGAGUCCAAGGCGCUGGAUCACGUCCUUGGCUAUGCCGUCGGCAACGACGUCUCGCACCGCGACUGGCAGCUCAAGCGCGGAGGCGGCCAGUGGGGCCUCGGCAAGGGCUUCGACGGCUGGGCGCCAUACGGACCGGGCAUCGUCAGCAGCAAGGUCAUCAAGGAUCCCCAGACCUUGAGGAUCACGACCAAGUUGAACGGGCAGACGGUGCAGGACAGCAACACCGCCGACAUGAUCUUCAGCGUCAAGAAGACCAUCGCCUUCCUGAGCCAGGGCCAGACCCUGCUGCCGGGAGAUGUCAUCUUCACCGGAACUCCGUCGGGAGUUGGCAUGGGCCGGACACCGCAGCUGUGGAUGAAGGACGGCGACAUCGUAGAAGUCGAGCUCGAGGGGGUUGGAACGGUCACCAACAAGAUUGAGUUCACCGCCAAGGAUGCAUCGAAACUGUGAACGGCAGAGGGGAGAUUUUCUAUUGAUCUGUUAACGACUUUGGAAUUGCCCUGACCAAUUCAGACCAGGGAGCAAUAGAGAAGGAGCAAGUGUGCGGGUUCGACGGGUUUCAUAGACUGAAGCGGUUGCCAUUGGGAAUUUCCACGUGUUGUAAGAUUUUCGUUCGAAAAGACAAACAAACAAACAAUUACUACAGUUCCAGCAUUGCGCAUGCUUUUUGGAGGCGGAGUAUCUUGGGCAAUGGAGGGCGCCACACUAAAAGGCCCCCAUGCACUCACUCUGGAACCCCUGUCCA